AAUCUUUUGUUGGUUGAUUGGUUUGGUUUUUGGUUCGAGACGAGUGUGUUUGAUUGCGAUACCUUUCUUUUGUGCAUUGCAUAAAUUUAGAUCUAACUGCAACCAAAAUGUCUUCAGUAUGUUGUGGAACUAAGAAACAAAAACUGAAUAACUCGUUCAGUAAUAGCAUAGAACGACCUUUAAACGGUUAUCAAGAAUCUGUGGCUAUACCUGAUAUGUGUUACUUUUGUUUCGAUGUUUUGUAUUGUCAGCUUCAUAGUAUGGACCCUCCGCAAACACCAAAUUUCACCAACGAUGCCUAUCCCUUGUUCGUGACAUGGAAAAUUGGGAAAGAACAUCGUCUUCGUGGAUGCAUUGGAACUUUCAAUGCAAUGCACUUGCAUUCAGGUCUUCGUGAAUAUGCAAUCACUAGUGCUUUAAAGGAUUCCCGCUUCUCACCAAUAACUCGGGAAGAAGUACCUCGGUUGACUGUAUCAGUCUCGAUUCUGCAGAACUUUGAGGAAGCUGAACACUACUUGGACUGGAAGUUGGGCAAGCAUGGCAUCCGCAUUGAGUUUCUUAGUGAAAGAGGCUCUAAGCGUACUGCAACCUACUUACCUCAAGUUGCAACUGAGCAGGGAUGGGACCAAAUCCAAACAAUUGACUCCCUCCUUAGGAAGGGGGGGUACAAGGCUGCCAUUACGGCCGACCUGCGCCGGAGCAUCAAACUCACACGCUACCAGAGCGAAGAGAUCUCUGCUACUUACAACGACUACAUCAGCCAGCGGUGCUAGCGGCAGCUCACCCUUGGCCGGUCCCGCCGUCCCGAACGUCAUGAAGAAAGUUUAUACUACAGUUCAGAUGCUAGCGGACUAAGUGGCCACUCUUAUGUUAGUAAUAAUUUAGAUUCUAAGUGUAAGAAUAGUGUCCAGAAUCAUACUUUAUGUACAACUUGUUUAGAUAACCCGUCAGUUCAUUUAAAGCUCGGAAGUACAAUGGAAGGUCAUAAUUAUGCUCAAAGUGAUUCGGACUCUCAAUGUUGCGAUAUGUGUUUCGUUCAAAUAGUUUAAGGUUAUGAUCACUGCCAUCUACAUUCCUUUGAGGCAGCAAUGGUGCCAUCAAAAGUUGGGAUUAGAAAAAACUUAUGAAUUAAUACUAAGCCGUUCAGGAGGAUAUCAUGCAAAGGGUGAUUCGCAAAUAAAUAAUAUGAUUUGAUUACAUUAUCUAAAUGACACAGAACUGCUUAGAAAUAAGUGAUUGAGAGUGUUUAGAGCUGAAAAUGCUUUGAUCAGAAUUUUGACAACAAUUUAAUCAGCAAAAUAGAUCACAAAUAUUUACAUAUUUUCGUCCACAUAUUUUUUACUUCAUGUGCUUAUAACGCAUAUCCCCACUUGAUAUAUGAGCAUUGUGAAAGAACAAAAUCUACAUAUCCUCUGAAAUAGGAUCUGAAUUCAGUUGACACUCUCAAAGUGCUACAAAAAGCUAUGGUGGGCAUUAGUCACUGGAUACACUUUAUGAAGAAUAGUGUGCUAGGUUUAGAUUAUAACAGCGAGUUACAUCCCCGACUUGCAGUUAGUGUAACGUGGAGCUCUUACAUCUAUGGUUAAGGGGACGGCAACUGUAAAGUCCUGUUUCAGGCUGUUCAUUUGUAAUAAUUUUAACGCGUUUCAUGCCUAUUUUGGGUUCGGUGGCGAUGAUGAGAUCAAAAGAAUUAAAUUAUAUAUUUCGAAAUAUAUAAUGUACUACAAUGUAAUAUUUAAAAAAUGUUUACGAAUGAACGGCUUAAAAGACAGUUUACUGUUAUCGUUCGUCUACUUAAAAAAAUGCGGAAUAAAGGUCAUAGCUCAUUAGAGCCACCCGGCACCCACUCCGCACCGCCUCGUCGCACGGCGUCAACUCGUUGUCGACAGGUGGUCCACGGGUGGACACCGUGUUAUCACCAAUAAACGUCGCGCGGUCAACCAGUGGACCUCGCAUCGUCACCCAGUGGACCCCGCGCUGGCCGCUGGUGGACGCCGCGUGGUCUACCACUGGAGACCGGUUAGUCCAGGAAUUUUCGUGUAGUCUGUUAACAAUUGGCACUACGUCUACACGUGCGCUUCAUAAUGUUAAAUUUUACAAACCGUGAAUUGGCACUCAUAGCUGUAGCGCUUGAUGCAGAAGAAAAUGAAAGACCCAAGAGAAAAAGGAAAGCUUAUUGGGUGCACGAAAUGUUUAAACAAAGAAAAAAAGAGGGCGAAUAUUGGACAGCUCGUAGGCAUUUGCUAGCCGACGAGAAAAAAUUUUUUUCCUACUAUCAUAUGCCGCAAAGUGUGUUUUAUAACAUACUGUCUCAUAUUGAAGACUCCAUAUCUAAGCAAAACACAAGAUUCAGAGAAGCGAUCACACCCGAAGAGAAAUUGGCUGUGACUUUAAAGUAAGUAAAUAAAGUUAUUACUUUAGUUUUUUUUACCUCUUGGUAUGAUCCAUGUGUCAUUUUAAUAACAAUUUAGUUUUUGACCGGUAUAUAUGUAAGUAUGUAUGUGUGUAUAAGUAAAACAAUGUAAGAGUAUCUUAAAUCAACCUUUAUUUUCGUAAUAUUGACAUAAUUUUGUCACUAAUUAAGUACUUACUAAUCACAUUUUUAAAAAUCAGGUAAAUCUUUUUCAGUAUUUAAAAAACAGGUAAAUUUUUUUCAGUAUUAGUCAAGACUGGUGUGUUCACCUCUGUGGCAUUCCUUUCUGUAUCAUAAUUCGUUGUAGUACUGUAUCCAGAAGGGCCUGCUGUUAAAUAAUUUCCCGAAGGUCCUGGCGUUGAAUAAUUAUUACUGUCGUAGUAAUUAUUUCCUUUUUCAUUGAUUUCUCGGAGUUCCAUUUGCGAAACAAUAUUAAAAAUUUGAGAUUUCAUAAUUGCUUUGUUGUAUUCAUUAAAUUUCUUCACCGUUGCAGCUAUACCAUAAAAAAAUUUGUCAAUAUCAUCUUCAUUUUUUUCAUCUUUUUCUUUUAAUAUAUAUUUCAUUAACAAUGACGAUGCAGAAGAUCUGUCUUCGUCAAGUACUCUGGGCUUUUUUAUAUUUGAAAACUUGGAUUUCUUUGUAGAGGACUCAGAUAAUGUUGGACGAUCUUCUAUUAUUGAAAUAUCCGAUUGGCAAUCGGGAGCAGACAACUGCGAAUCUUCAUUGACGGUACUUUCUGUAUCAUCACUAUCUCUGAGUAGUGAAGAUACAGUUGCUCUUUCUUUAUAAAAGGGUGUCAAAAAAUUCAUUUCAUCCUCGAAUUGCCAUUUUUUAACUGAGACUGCUGCUUGACCGCUUUUGGUAUUUUUUUUCUUAAUAGCCCUACGAUGAGCUUCCCUUAAAUUGGACCACGUUUUCUUGCACAUUGGUACUGAAAAAAAUAAAUAGUCAAUUAAAUACAAUUCACUUUUUUACAGCCUAUUUUGUGUAAUACAAAAUUAAAAACUUCUUUGUUUCAGAUAUUUGACGAGUGGCACUUCAGUCAGAAAUUUAUCUACAAGCUUUAGAUUAGGCGAAACAACUAUUAGGUCAAUAAUUAAGGAAGUGUGCAAAGCUGUUAUUGACAAAAUGAUGAGUGUUUAUAUGCCAACGCCUACAGCUGAAGAUUGGGAAAAAAUUACGGAAGGGUUUAGUGACAGGUGGAAUUUCCCAAACUGCAUUGGUGCCAUAGAUGGCAAGCAUAUAAAUAUAAUAGCUCCACCCAACAGCGGAUCGCUCUACUACAACUAUAAAAAACAUUUUUCGAUAGUUCUCUUGGCCAUAGUCGAUGAUAAAUACAGAUUUACAGUUGUUGACAUCGGUGCUUAUGGCAAAAACAGCGACGGUGGUAUUUUUGCAUCUUCAAAAAUUGGAAAACGAAUUCAAAAUAAUAGGUUCAAUAUUCCAAGUGACAAAGCAUUGCCCGGGACAAACGUAGCACUUCCACAUGUUUUCGUGGGCGAUGAGGCAUUUCCGUUACAAAAGAACAUAAUGAGGCCAUAUUCUCGUUCUCAACAACUAUCUCAGGACCAAAAAGAAUUUAACAAUCGCCUGUCACGCGCACGCAAAGUAGUCGAAGAUGCAUUCGGAAUAUUAUACCAAAAGUUUGAAAUAUACAAUAAAAAUAUUCGUUUAAAUCCAGACAUGGUUGAUAAUGUUGUUUUGACAACAUGUAUAUUGCAUAAUGUAAUGCGAACUUAUAAUAUCGAAAGUAACGAAGAGUACUGUUCCAGACCCAGGCCAGCGCAUCAUAACCUGCAUCAGGAGGCGUUCAAUGAUCUACGUCACAUUGGUGGAAUCACUACUGCUUUUAACAUACGUGAUUCGUUUGCUGCUUAUUUCAAAUCAUCGGUUGGACAGCUUCCAUGGAAUACUUAAUUUGCUUACUCGUAUUAUCAAUUUUUUUAUGAAUCACUAAUCAUCAAAUGUCAUAUAUGUGGAUCUCUAGUUAAUAACGAAUUAUGUGGUAGUACCUUGUUUCACAUAACAACGUUUGAAACAAUAUGGUCUCUUGUUUGAUUUACAUUGUAGGUUACAUAUCAUUUUUGUCCAUUACUAGCUUGCAAUGUUACCAAAUUAAAAUUAGACUAAAUGAACAUUAUGCAAAACAAGGGACAACCGAAUUAAGCACCAAUCUGUUGUACUAUCUUUUAUUUAAUAUUUUUAAUACAUAAAUAAUACCCGUUACCUGUUACCGCUAAGGUGUUGCUUAUUUCUGUCCAUGCUUCUUCCUUUUUUACAUUGUCACUGUACUUCGAGUCACUUAGAUCAUAUAAUAAAGUAUAUUUACGAACUUC